AUGCCAUCGACGCCAUCGUCUUAUAUAAUUCUCUAUACUUCUCUUGUUUCAGAGAAAGUACCCCACCGUGAGGCUCAAACCUCUGCAGGUAUAGAAAAACCUCACCAUUGUGGCACCUGUCAAAAGAAAUUCCGGACUUCGGACGAUCUGAAGAGGCACCAGCGCAUUCAUAGUGGCGAGAAACCCUACACAUGUGAUAUUUGUCAAAAAACGUUUGUGCACCGGAACUCCUUAAAGUUUCAUACGAGAACUCACACCGGUGAAAAACCUUACCCCUGCGCCAUAUGCGAUAGACGGUUCCCACAAUCGUGCCAACUAAAGAAACACGUUCGCAUUAGUCACACGGGUGAGAAACCGUUUUCCUGCAAAAUUUGUGAUAAACGAUUCACGGACGCGGGCAAUCUCAGGACGCAUGAGAGAAUACACACUGGUGAGAAACCUUAUGUAUGUGAUAUAUGUCAAAGGCGUUUUACACAAUCGAGCGCGUUGAAUUUGCAUAAACGUAAUGUCCACACUACAGAAUCGUAUCAUUGUGAUAAGUGUAUAAGAAAGUUUGCGCAAUUAGAUGCGUUGAAAGAACAUGAAAAAGUUCAUACCGAUGAAAAGAGGUUUUCCUGUGAUAUUUGCAGUAAAAAAUUCAAGCAAUUGUGCCGAUUGAAUAACCAUAUUCGAAGCCACACCGGUGAGAAGCCCUACGAAUGCGAAACAUGUGAAAGAAAAUUCGCCCGUUUACUAUAUUUGAAGAGACACGAAGAACGAGUACAUAAAUAAGAA